AUGAACCCAACUCGAGAAAAUCAAAAUCAUUUUCAAGGCUUGCCUGAGUUUCAUUAUGCAGCGCUGUUGGGAAAAACAGAAUUACUGCAAAAAUUGUUAUCUACAGGUAACACGAUUCUACCCAGCGUUGACUUGUAUGGCAGAACAGCUUUGCAUAUAGCCGCUUCUCACGACGUUUACAAGAGUCUUGAAGUACUGUGCAGAAGUUGCUCAAAAGGUAAAAAGAUCCUUGAUCAGAAAGACAACUAUGGUUACACGGCUCUGCAUUACGCGGUCCAGGGAGCAAACACCUACAGCGCCAAGUUGUUGCUUGAUUCAGGAUGUGAUGUGAACCCUAGCCAGUUUUCUCAAUACACUCCGCUUCACCUUGCUGCCUCAUAUGGUUACCCUGAACUGGUAGCUGUCCUCUGUAAUCACGGCGCGAAUGUCCACGCGCGGAGCGCCACCCAGGAAACACCGUUUCAGAUGGCGGCGAGAUCUGUAUGUGCUUUUGAAAGCCAAGGGAAAAAGUGCGAGGUUUUCUGUCUGUUACUUUUCAAAGUUAACUACACUACCCUGGCGCUUUUACUCAAGUUUGGUUCUGAUGCAAAUUUGAGAGACAACAAUGGUGUAACACCACUUCAUUAUGUCGCAAUGUACUGUGAAAAUAAAGAUGUGCUGCCCUCUUGUAACUCGAUUCUAGCCAGCGUUGACUUGUAUGGCAGAACAGCUUUGCAUAUAGCUGCUUCUCACGACGUUUACAAGAGUCUUGAAGUACUGUGCAGAAGUUUCUCAGAAGAUAAAAAGAUCCUUGAUCAGAAAGACAACUAUGGUUACACGGCUCUGCAUUACGCGGUCCAGGGAGCAAACACCUACAGCGCCAAGCUGUUGCUUGAUUCAGGAUGUGAUGUAAACCCUACCCAGUUUUCUCAAUACACUCCGCUUCACCUAGCUGCUACAUAUGGUUACCCUGAACUGGUAGCUGUCCUCUGCAAUCACGCCGCGAAUGUCCACGCGCGGAGCGCCACCCAGGAAACACCGUUGCAGAUGGCGGCGAGAUCUGGUAUCCGAAUUCGGGAAAGAAUGAAGGUUCACUACACUACCCUUGCGCUUUUACUCAAGUUUGGUUCCGAUGCAUAUGUGACAGACAACGAUGGUGUAACACCACUUCAUUAUGUCGCAAUGUACUGUGAAAUUAAAGAAUGUGCUGCCCUCUUGUGCGGAGCUGGAGCUAGCGUGAGAAACUGUAACCAUGGUAAGGUCACCGCUGUCCAUGUUGCACGACGUGCGGAGGUUCACAAUUUUCUCAAGCAACUGGAGACCAUUCCUUUAAGACUUGAACAUUUGUGUCUACUGGUUUUACGACAGGGACUGGGAACGAAUUUUAAAGACAAGACGGAAUACUUACCUCUCCCCAAGCCCCUUAAAGACAAACUACUGUUUAAGAAACUUCCAAGGAUUGUGUGAAGGAUGUGAACGAUCCCUGUCUUGUUUCGAAGGGAGUGCGGUAGAGUCUGACUUCAAGGG